CGCCGCCCGCCCUUGCAGCCCAUGGAGCCUGGCUAGGCCCCACAGGCCGGCGCAGGCCAAACUGUCCUAUGGUGGUGGCGAUGACGGCCCCUCGACGGCACCCUCCUCAAGGGCCGCCCGGAGGGCAGGGCGCCGGCGGUGGUGGUGGUGGUGGGGCGUUGAUCUGAAACCGCGAGUGUGAGACCUUUAUCCCAGCCGCCAUGGAGCCGCCCGAGAGCAGCAGCUCGGAGGGAAGUCCGGCCCACCCCAGGGCGGCGCGGCCCCUCCGGCGCGCCUCCUUCGCGCCGCUCAACAGCCUGGAGCCGCGCAUCGUCGUCGAGGAGUCGCUGGACGGCGACGACGAGGACGCCGACGGGGCGGGCGCGGCGCCGCACCCGGCGUUCGCCGUCGGCGACCUGGCCGGCGGCGGCUGCGGCGACGACUCGCCCGCCGCCGACGAGAACCCCUACCUGCUCAGCCCCUGGCGCGACACGCGCAAGUCCUCGCUGCCGACGCCGGCGUGCUCGUCCGGGAUCACGGCCAGCCAGGUGCGGCGCCUGUCGGAGCGCGGGCCCGAGUCCGGGCCGUCGCCUCGCGAGCAGGAGUUCCUGGCGACGCUGUCGGCCACCCCGGGGCCGCAGCCGGGCGGCCGCCGGCACUCGGUCGUCAUCUCCAGGGUGCCUCCGCCGUCGCUCGUCAUGUUCGGCCGCGGGCGGCGCGAGAGCAUCGCGGCCUUCUCGGCGGCCGCGUGCCGCUCCGAGGCCCUGGCCUCCUCGACGCACAACCUCCAGCUGGACCUCAUGGACGACCUGCUCGAGUUCAAGGCGGCAAAGAAGCAGGUGGCGACCAGGCGCUGCUCGGAGGUCGUCGGGCCCACCCAGCUGCCCCUCAUCAACAGGCGCAAGUCGGAGCUGCCACCUCGGGUCAGCAAGGAGUUCGCCGAGGAGGUGGCGGCCCUGGCCCUGGAGGCGGCCAAGCGGGAGGCCAGCCGGGACGCGGGGAUCGUGUGCUCCAACUCGGACCUGCUGCACCUGCUGGGCUCGCCGGAGUCCUCCGCGGCCCCCGUCGCCCCACCGCCGGCCCCCGCACCGGCGCCAGCCCCGGCGCCUCCACCGGCGACGACGCCUACGCGGCCGCGGCUAGCCAUGCUCCGGGAGAACAGCGUGGAGGCCAAGGAGCAGCCCAAGAGCACGGUGCUCGUCAGCCUGCACGGCGAGCAGACGCACUCCAGCCUGGCGCCCGCCGUCGCCGUGGUCCCCGUCACCGCCACACCGGCGCCGGCCGCCGUCGGCGUCCUCGCGCGCCAGGAGCGCCCCGCCCCGGACGGCGUGGAGAACGACAAGGACAAGGCCGCAGCCUCGGGCGAGCGCCGCGACUCGGAGCGGCUCGUCUGGGACGAGCGGUCCGGGUCCGUCGUCGACGCCGGCAUCCUGGGCUCGGCCAUCGAGGGCUUCCUCAACAAGGGGGCGGCCUCGGACAAGGGCAGGAAGGGGUCCAACAGCGUGCAUCGCGCCACGGCGCAGCUGUCGGCCUGGGUGACGGCCGUGGCCGUGUGGACGCCCAGGCCGGGGCAGCAGCAGCCGGCCACGUCGGCGACGGCGGCCUCGGCGCCCGCCCCACCGCAGCCGGGGGCGUCCGCAGGGACGCCGACGUCCACGCCCGAGGGCACGCCGCGUCGUCGCGGCAAGAUGUCCUGUGACGCCGUCUGCAGCACGCUCAAGAGCCUCUUCAUCAAGUAGAGAACUUGUGGUACAGCAGAUUUGUUAGUGCAGCACUGCGAUGACACCCUUUUAAUAAUUUCUUUACCUCCAAAACCCCCAGUUUUGAUUAAGGACUAGCACGAUCACCCUGUCUAAAUUUGUUUCUAAACGUAGUACGGUAGGCCUCUUCGAAAAUACGGUUCAAGUGCUGUGUGACGGAUGCGUUUGGCCCCCUCAAACACGAGAAUGGUUGUGAAACUUUGUAUUGACGAGGGCGCGGAGGAGAUACGCGUGUCCUAACUGAACCUAACUCCCCCACCCUCGUACCCUCACAAGCUAGCUGACUGCUCGUCUUGUCGUACGACAUGUUCUUACUGUGGUUUCUGGGCAAAGUAUAUGCCUUGCAUGAAACUAUGCCCUCGGAAGAAAAUAUUGGAAUCAUUAUUGCAAACCUUACGUCAGUCCAGAAACCAAAGUAACAUUCCACAUAUGAAGCAGGAUUUCCAUGUCAAACAAAUUACAAUAUUUAUUUAAUUAAAGUGAACUUUGAAAAGCACAAUAGGAAUGCCAAUGAACGUUCAUACCUAAGCUAGAAUGAUUAAACGAGCAUUUUGCGGUAGCUAAGAUUUAAAUCCUAAAACAGAUACGCAAAGGUCGGCGAUGCCAUUUGCGUGUUGAUAAUCGACUCAUAAAACUGAAUGGUACCUAAAAUCUUUUUCUUUUUCUUUUAGAGGACUGUGUGUGAUGAGUAUAUUUUGUGCGUUGGUGGUGUAUUAGAAGUUCAGUCCAAGACCAGAAAAACUAGACAAUCAAAACGAUAACCACCUUCCCAAGAUGAGUUGAUACCACUUAAAGUAGGCGUAACGCCAUCGCACUGCGUCCAAUCUCGGAUGGGGACUACCCCGGUGAAAGUCAUAGCAAUUUCAAGAAAAACUACGUUGUUACGGACCAAACCUGAGACCUGAAUCGCCUAAUUCUCUCCAGCAAGUCCUAACAACAGCUAUUAUAGUCUUCGCCGACUUGUAGAAAUUUUGGUGGCAGGUGUUUCGUGGUGGACCAAACUGAAACCACGGAGCAAUUUUACCACCAGGUAGGUCUAUAGAAUGAGUAGGUAAAAAAUUAUCAAUUGAAAACAUAUUGCAUGAGCUGACACACUGACACAUUAAGUCACGCUCAUAAAGAAUCAAUAAUUCUAUCAGUGGCACGUUGUAAUAUUCAAAAUUAUUGAGGGUACUUUUACAGAUUGCAUUUCUCAAGUCCUUGUAAAUCAUGGGAAGGCGGUUAUUGCCGUCAGAGGUGUGAAAACUACUCGGUAUCUGAUGUCGUCUCGAUGUCACAUCGAUUUCGAUAUCUCGCUGGGCACCUCUUUGGGGUCCAGAAUCGUUAUAAACCUAACAUCCAUUGAGGACAAGAAUGAAUAUUUUACUUCCAAUUUACAUAGUUAACUUUCCAGGGAACUUUAACUAAACGAAAAGUAGCGAUAAGCGAUUUGCCAUACUUUACAAUGGAGGUAGAUAUUCCAUCAGAUUGUUUUUGACAUGUUACGUCGAGGCAAACCUUCGGUAACAAUAAGCCAAUGUCCUUAUGUGUGUAUCUAGCUAGUAUAUUCAGUGUAUUUUUUAUUACAAUACUGUUAUUACCGUAUUAAAAAAAAACUUUGCUUUCGGUGUCAAAGCAAAUCUUUUGUGUCGAUUUGACAAAUUUGUUGUUAUUAGAAAUAUCAAACAUUCUUAGAAAAACGCCGUUACUUCAACCUGCCCUAAAGUGGGAUUAUAAUCAAAACCAUAGUCGUGUGUGUGUCAAUAUUUCCUGACAAUCUAAUUUUCAUAAAGCUGAUUCUGUUUGUCUAAGACAGUUAUUUUAUUAAUGAAAUUUAUCUUGGUGGCUGGCCCCCUUUAUUUUCACAAAUUAAACUAUAUUUUAACGUUAUUAUUUUUUACUCAAGAAUGUAUAUUGAAGGUUUGUUUCAAAAUACAAGCUACUACAACAUGCAGUCGAAUCUUUCUACUGGGCCAGGUGACAGAUCCUCGUUGUGAAAGGCAUGCUUUAAAAGUAGAUCGUUAAGUUUGUGUUGUGAUAUGUUGUAUACCUGAAAAUUAUUUGUAUCGAAGAGAGUGGAAAAGUGCCGUGAAAAAUUGUUUAAACAAAUUUAGUGCCUGGCCUGAAGAUUCGGCCGUUUUGAAGAAUCUAAGUUUUGAGAAUCUCUUUUAAGUGAGCAAGUAAAAGAAUGAAUGCAAACUGCGUCUUAGCCCGAUGGGGGCUGCUCAUCCAGAAAGUACGUCCGUCUUUCCCUGUUACGCAAAUGAAAAAUUGGGUAAAUGCAAACUAUCAUAGCACCUGCUAGGUAGGCAACGUCUUGCCUGCAGUGCAUUCGUGUAUCGCGGGGUGGCCUACCCUGUGUCUCGCAGGCGCCGAGCAAACACCCGUAAUUUGCUGAAUCAAUCUUUAAAAAAACAACAACAAACACACAAAAAACGGACGUAAUUUCUGGACAAACUCAAAGACACGGUGUUGCCUGGCCACUUUUAAAGGGUAUUUUAAGGGAAGAAGAGUUUCUGCACACCCACUACCGAUGUAUUUUUUUGCGCCCGAUCUUCUGGCACGAGCAUUUAACUUCAUUUCGGAAAAGACUAGUGCCGCUGCAGAUACGGCAAAACAGCGCAUCUUAAUAAGUUUAAGGUAAAUGUGGUCCAUUAACUGUUUUAUUACGUAAGGUCAUGACUGAAAAUGUUAUGAAAGUAUAUUUGGGAUGAGAGAAUAAUUAAAUCAUCAAUGGAGAGACAAGGAUUGAUUUUACGUCUUUGCACGGUCUGAAUAAAGGCCAAAGCACGUAGAAAGUGUUUCUGGUUACCUAAGUGUCACAGGACUAUGCAAUUAGGAGAUUUUAAGAAAAUUAUUCUUUGUGCCCACGGGCGUCUACUAAAGCUUCCAUUCUUCAUUAUUCAAAGAACGGAUUCAAACCUGAAAAUAGAAACCUUAUUCCAUGGAGUAAACAAUGUACCUGCUUGCAUUAAUUUUUACCGUAAAUGUACCUGAUUUCAAUAAAUGACGUAGUUCUAUUUUUCACCAUAAAACUUUCCAGUGGAGUAGUGUAUGCCAAACGAAAGAGAAAUGCGGACUUCACGAAUUGAUGAAACUGACAUUUACACAGAUUUAGACACGGUGACGUCAAAAUAAGAUCCAGGCAAUCAAUUUCUUGUGUAAAACCGUAGCGCACAUCGGAGUCUUGUAAAAAAAUUCGAAAGGAAAAUCCAUUAAGUAUCUUGACCGGCAACACUGAAAAAAAAACUAACAAAGGUUCUAUAUAACACCUUUCAUAGGUGCUACUACAGUAGUGCCUCUGAAAAGGGUAUUGCCGAAAAGAGCACACUUAGCACCGUUGCAAAACUACUAUUUCACUAACGCCCCUAAAAAGGCAGUAGAUGCCCCCUUAGUUUUUCCAGUAAAAUCUAUGCAAUUUUAAUAUUAUUUCGAAUUGAUUGUAAGUUUCUGACACGGGUAAAGAUUAUAAGGCACAAUGUUGAAAAAGUCUACGACAUUUUUAAAGUUUAGUCGACGAUCAGUAUCGUCGUUCUGGUAAAAUAAUUGAACCGUAUUGAAGUAAAAUGAUAUUACUGUAGUACAGAAACAACGGGAUUCUCUUUCAUUCCAAGUAGUGUGUACGUCAAGUGAGCAACCUCGCUAGUUAUGCUUCGCCAUUUCGAUCAUGCAAGGCAAAUCAAUAAUUUACUUGCAGGGAGUUAAAAUAAAAACAAACAUUUGUGUUUUCGCUAUACAAGUCAAGUCUGACGUCACCGUGACCAAUGUGUUUUAUCUUGGGUGUUAACACCAAACCAAAACAUCCGACAUUUUAUUGUUUCAUAAAAACAUAUGAAUCUUCUUGAUUAGGUUUUCGACUGGUGCAUCGACACACAUUCUGAUAACAUAUAGAGAAUAGUUCCCACGCAUGUACCUGCAUGAAAGGAUGCUAGUACCCUUGAAAUUUUGACAAUAUUAAUAUCUCAAGUCCUUGUCUAAAAACUCUUUACGUACGUUCAUGUAGAUGUGUGACAUUAUAGUCGAUUAUAGUUGUAAAUUCUGUAAUUUUUGUACACUGUUCCAAUUUUCUUUCUCUUCCCGAAAAUCAUGAAAGGCUGAUUGAUUUAAUAUCGACUCGAAUUGGGACUGAAGCUGCAGGAGGGGCAUUUGUCGAAAAAAACCUGACUUUUAAGACAGAAAUAAAGUUAUUGUGUAUGAGAUAUAAAGCCAUAAUAAGGGGGAACUCAUCUCUGCAGCAGCACAUAGAAAAGCCUAAUUUUGUUUAAAUAUCAAGCAUUUCAAAAAUGCCAUGUACAAAAAUUAUAACUAUUAUUACCUGUAUAUAUAUUUGUACUACUGUGUUAGUAGAUAUGUUAUUUUAGAUCUCGUUUCAUGUUUCAAACAAUUUUGUGUGAUUUUUGCAGAGUAGUGUUACAUGUACCCCAUGUAGUAAAACAUUAUUGUAAAAGAAUCAAUGCUAAAAUCCA